AAUAAUGUUUUUUUUUUUUAAUAACUUGAGAUUUAGAAAAACAGUUUAUAAGAAAUUGCUUACAGUGCUUCCAUGUAGUUUCGCCACUGAAGAAUCAAUUAAAUAUGAUUAUAAUAUUAUAAUAUAUAUUAAUAUUAUGACUAAAAAAAAUAAUCCGACCAUUUCACAAUGAGAAUGAAAUGAAGAUCAGCCCAUGUUCCGGUACUAGUUCGCACUGCCUUCCCCAUUGGAUGUCACUUCGUCAGCUCUUUCUCCCCCGAAUCUCGCGCGACCAUUGACGAAGAGGAAACGAUCCCACUUAACGGCCUCUUCAGCAGACGUAAAUAUUGACAGAGCGAGAGAAAGAGGGGAGCCCAUUCUGAUACGAGAUGCUGACAAUGGAAUGUCUCCUGAUAUUAAUGGCUUGUCUGAUCGCAGUGUGUAAUGGUUCAGGGAAGGUCUCCCUCCAAAUGAUCCGUUACUACAACCCCGGGGGUCGGGGAAGUAACGGCCAUCCCUGUGACGGAAAAUUCUUCUUCAGCGGGAGUGACUGCGAUCACCGCUUCAUUAUUUGCCUCGACGAAUCAAAUGGACCUAACAGCGUCUACAGGUGCCCGUAUGGACGGAAAUCCACCAAUGAAGUCAGUAACACUAACAACGUCUACUUCGGUAGCUCUGUGGGGGGCGUGUCCAAUCCAAUGCUGUUCCCCUUUGCCAUAUGGCAGGGAAGCAUAAAAAUCAAGGUGGAGGUGUGGGACUCUGAUGAUAAUGGAGAUGAUCAUGUCGACUUCCUGCAUUCCAUGUUUAGAGCAGUUCCUUACUAUAACGCCUCUUCCGCUCACGCCAUAUCGCACACACUCAGUGCAAGAACAACACUGUGGCUGAAGCUAAAAGUUUACUGUGACAGUGAUUUCUAUGGAGAGAGUUGCGCCACCUUUUGUCGACCACGUGACGACAGUUUUGGACACUACUCCUGUGAUCCUAAAACUGGAUCAAAAAUAUGUUUGCAUGGUUGGCAGGGAACACUUUGUCACGUUAAGAUUGACCACUGUCAAAGUUCACCUUGUCUGAAUGGAGCCACAUGUCUUAACUCAAAUGGAGGCUUCGUGUGCGUGUGUCAAGAUGGCUACAACGGCACACGAUGUGAAACUGAUGUUGAUGAUUGUGGACCAUCUUCUUGUCAUAAUAAUGCUACGUGUAUUGACUUGGUUAACAAUUUUCAAUGCUUGUGCUUGAAUGGGUUUACUGGAAAAAUAUGUUCCGAAGAUAUUGACGAAUGCAAAUCGCACACGUGUCAAAAUGGUGCCACGUGUCAAGAUCUGAUUGGAGGAUUUAGGUGUCACUGCCAAAACGGCUGGACAGGUACUCUUUGUGAUAUCAAUGUUGAUGAAUGCAGUAGCAGCCCCUGUCAUCAGAAUGCUACAUGCAUUGACAAAAUCGACAGCUUUCUCUGCAGCUGUCCUCUUGGCAGGUCUGGAACUUUCUGUGAUUUAGACGUGAAUGAAUGUCUUACAUUUCCGUGCAAUAAUGGAGGAACAUGUGUAAACAACGACGGAAGCUUUCAUUGCGCGUGCUCUGAAGCCUGGAUUGGAGAAGCAUGUGAUGUCGAUGUCAAUGAAUGUGAGAACGAUCCUUGUCUGCAUGGAAACUGCACCAACCAUGACGGACAUUUUUCUUGUGUGUGUACCGCGGGGUGGUCCGGUACACAUUGUGACGUUGACGUGGAUGAAUGCAUUAGUGGUCCAUGCUCAGGAACAGCAACCUGUAAAAACAAGGAUGGGAGCUUUAUAUGCCUAUGUCCGCCUGGGUUUUCGGGUCAAAUGUGCGAGCAAAACAUUAAUGAGUGUGAAUCGAAUCCCUGUAUGAACAAUUCCACAUGUAAGGAUGGAGUAGACGAUUUCUUUUGUUUAUGUCCUGUAGGAUAUAGCGGCAAAACAUGCGAAAAUGAUAUAGACGAAUGUAUGUCCAACCCUUGCCAACAUCAUUCUACGUGUUUCAAUACACCUGGAUCUUUUCAGUGUCUUUGUCCAGUUGGGAUUCAUGGUGCCUUGUGUGAAGUAGAUGAGAACGAGUGUGAGUCCAGCCCUUGCCAUGGGAUAGCCACCUGUGUGGAUGAGGUAGGAAGGUUUAGCUGUGUCUGUCCGCCAGGAAUGGAAGGCUUUCUCUGCGAAGUCAACAUCGACGAUUGCGCGACGUCACCAUGUGCUGCUGGUUCAACAUGUGUGGAUGAACUUAAUUCUUUCAGCUGUAUUUGUCCAUCGGGGUUUUCUGGGCGGCUAUGCGAUGUUGACAUUGAUGAAUGUAGUUCAAAUCCGUGUAAGAAUCUCUCGACGUGUGUCAAUAGGAUGAAUGGGUUUGAGUGUAUUUGUCCGAGUGGCCUGUCCGGAGUCUAUUGUGAAAACAAUAUAGAUGAAUGCUAUUCGAACCCAUGCCUAAAUGGAGCCACGUGCAAAGACGUUUUGGAUGGGUUUUCUUGUAUUUGCAAGCAAGGCUUUUCUGGAAAGCACUGUGAGAAAGAAACUGACGAGUGUUCCUCUCAUCCAUGUCAAAAUGAUGGGACCUGUGAAGAUCGGAUAAACGGAUAUCAGUGUCUGUGUAGUCUUGGGUUUACCGGAGAGAACUGUGAGCUCGAAAUUAAUGAAUGCUCCUCCAAUCCAUGCCAUAAUGGAGCAACCUGUGUGGAUGGAAAAAAUGGAUACAGAUGUAUAUGCCUUUCUGGGCAUACUGGAGAACACUGUGAAACCGAAAUAGACUUCUGUGAGUCCAACCCAUGUUCCGGAGAAUCAGACUGCGCAAACUCCGUUAAUGGGUUCACAUGCCAAUGUCAAAACGGUUUUCGAGGAGACGUUUGCGAUGAAGAUGUCGAUGAGUGCGCAAAAUCACCUUGUGGUACAGGCACUUGCGAAAACUUUCCUGGGUCGUUUACAUGCGAAUGUCCAGAUGGUUUGAAAGGAGAUACGUGUGAGGACGAUAUAGAUGAGUGUUUAAAGAGUCCUUGUCAAGGCGACUCUACUUGUGUCAACGAAUUUGGAACCUUCCGGUGUUUGUGUGAAUUACAUCGGUCAGGAACACUGUGUGAAUUUAAAAAUAAUUGUUUUAACAACCCUUGCGAGAAUGGUGGAAGGUGCAUAGUCAAAGAAGCCGGUGAAAGCCAGUGUGACUGUAUCGAUGAAUGGACGGGUCCAACAUGUUCACUGCUGAUACCGCCCGGAUGUAGGGCAAUUACAGUCAAAAUGGACAAAAACCUCGGCCUAGAGGAGCUGGAGGCGUUCGAAGAUAAAAUUAAGAUACGUGUUGCGAACAGAUUUAAUGUGGAUCAGGUUGACGUUUACUUGAACGUUAAUAGUACACCUAAAGUUCAGCAAGAAGAAAACGUGUCAGAUACAACAUUGAGUGUGAGAGCUUUUGUCAAAAGUCGAGCUGUGUGUUUUGACGAGCUGCAGCCAUUGUUAACGGAGGUUAAAAGUUCUCUGAUGACCGGAAGCCAGCCUCGGAGUGGCUUGAUUAUACAAAAGACGGACAAUGAGAACUGGUUGUCUGUGAAUUGGUACGUGGUGGUGGUUGCUGUGGCGUCAACCAUAUUGUUUAUUCUGAUCAUAGUCCUGGUCCUGAAGAAGCGCAGGCAAAAGACACUUGCCAUAAAUGGAAGCCGUCGCUAUAACGUCGACUCUGACCUUUGUCACCUUGAUGAAGCCAAUGGUUUUACUCCGAUCACUUUUGAAAAUUCACUUUAUGCAACAGUUCAACCUGACGAACAAAUUAGAGUUUCUACCAGAUAUGAUUUUGAUGACAGCUGACAAUAACAUGUCUUAUGAGAGAGAGAGAGAGAGAGAGAGAGAGAGAGAGAGAGAGCACACUUACAUCUUUUUCUUCUUGUGUUCAUUUCAAACAUUGCAAUGUAUGUAUUAUGUUUAUUAUACUUACUUGUCCACACAAAUUUUAUGACAAUCUUGUAUAAGUAUUUUGUCAUAUGAAUAAAAGAAUAAAAAAUAAUCAAGUACAA